AUGGCGGCCCUGCUCGGGGCGCCCCUGCUUGGCUGCCUCCUGGUGCUGCUGGCGCUGUGCCCCGGGGGGCGCCCGCAGACAGUGCUGACCGACGACGAGAUCGAGGAGUUCCUCGAGGGCUUCCUGUCCGAGCUGGAGUCCGAACCCCGGGAGGACGACGUGGAGGCCCCACCGCCCCCUGAACCCACCGUUCCCGCCCGCAAAGCCCAGACAGGGGGCAAGCCGGGGGCGCGUCCGGGGGUGGCCGAAGAGGUGCCUCCGGGAAAAGCCAAAGACAAAGGGAAGAAAGGGAAGAAGGACAAAGGCCCCAAGGCGACCAAGCAGCCCCCAGAAGGGUCCUCUAGGCCUCCCAAGAAACCAAAGGAGAAGCCACCCAAGGAGAAACCCCCCAAGGCCACCAAGAAGCCCAAGGAAAAGCCACCCAAAGCCACCAAGAAGCCCAAGGAGAAGCCCCCCAAGGAGAAGCCCCCCAAGGAGAAGCCCCCCAAGGAGAAGCCCCCCAAGGCCACCAAGAAGCCCAAGGAGAAGCCCCCCAAGGCCACCAAGAGGCCUCUAGCUGGGAAGAAGCUCUCCACCCCAACCCCCUCUGAAAUGCCACAGUGGCCACUGCCCCCACUCCUCAGCCCCGACCACGAGGAACUACCCCAGGAGGGAGGUGGACCCCUCCCAGAUCCCUGGGGGGGUCCAGGAGAAGAGACCGACGUGGAGCACCAGCCUGAGCCCGAGGAGGAGACAGAGCAGCCCACACUGGACUAUAACGACCAGAUAGAGCGGGAAGACUACGAGGACUUUGAAUACAUCCGCCGCCAGAAGCAGCCCAGGCCUCCCCCGAGCAGGAGAAGGCCAGAGAGGCCCUGGCCUGAGCGCCCUGAGGAGAAGGCUGAGCCGCCUGGGCGGGGCUUUGAGGCCCCAGAAGAGAAGAUCGAGCCGCCACCUCUGAAGCCCCUGCCAUCCCCGCUGCUCCCCGACUACGAGGACGGCUACGUGAUCCCCAACUACGAUGACAUGGACUAUUACUUCCGGCCUCCCAGGCCCCAGAAGCCCGACAAUGGACUGGAAACAGACGAAGAGAAGGAAGAGCUGAAGAAACCCAAAAAGGAGGGCAGCAGCCCCAAGGAGGAGGAGACGGAUGACAAAUGGACUGUGGAGAAGGGCAAGGACCCCAAAGGGACCCGGAAGGGUGAGGAGUCAGAGGAGGAGUGGGCUCCAGCAGAGAAAAUCAAGUGCCCCCCCAUUGGGAUGGAGUCGCACCGCAUUGAGGACAACCAGAUCCGGGCCUCCUCCAUGCUGCGCCAUGGCCUGGGUGCACAGCGAGGCCGGCUCAACAUGCAGGCCGGCGACACUGAGGACGACUACUAUGAUGGGGCGUGGUGUGCUGAGGAUGACUCCCAGACCCAGUGGAUUGAGGUGGACACGAGAAGGACCACCAAGUUCACAGGCGUCAUCACCCAGGGCCGUGACUCCAGCAUCCAUGACGACUUUGUGACCUCCUUCUUCGUGGGCUUCAGCAACGACAGCCAGACGUGGGUGAUGUACACCAACGGCUACGAGGAAAUGACCUUCCACGGGAACGUGGACAAGGACACGCCCGUGCUGAGCGAGCUCCCGGAGCCGGUAGUGGCCCGUUUCAUCCGCAUCUACCCACUCACUUGGAACGGCAGCCUGUGCAUGCGCCUGGAGGUGCUGGGGUGCCCCGUGUCCUCUGUCCACAGCUACUACGCACAGAACGAGGUGGUGACCACCGAUGACCUGGACUUCCGGCACCACAACUACAAGGACAUGCGGCAGCUGAUGAAGGUGGUGAAUGAGCAAUGCCCCACGAUCACCCGCACAUACAGCCUGGGGAAGAGCUCUCGAGGGCUCAAGAUCUAUGCCAUGGAGAUCUCAGACAAUCCCGGGGAUCACGAGCUGGGGGAGCCCGAGUUCCGCUACACAGCUGGUAUCCACGGCAAUGAGGUGCUGGGCCGAGAGCUGCUCCUCCUACUCAUGCAAUACCUGUGCCGCGAAUACCGCGAUGGGAACCCACGCGUGCGCAGCCUGGUGCACGACACACGCAUCCACCUAGUGCCCUCGCUGAACCCUGAUGGCUACGAGGUGGCAGCGCAGAUGGGCUCAGAGUUUGGGAACUGGGCACUGGGUUUGUGGACCGAGGAGGGCUUUGACAUCUACGAGGACUUCCCGGAUCUCAACUCUGUGCUCUGGGGAGCUGAGGAAAGGAAAUGGGUCCCCUACCGGGUGCCCAACAAUAACCUGCCCAUCCCUGAACGCUACCUCUCUCCAGAUGCCACGGUAUCCACGGAGGUCCGGGCCAUCAUCACCUGGAUGGAGAAGAACCCCUUCGUGCUGGGGGCAAACCUGAACGGUGGCGAGAGGCUUGUGUCCUACCCCUACGAUAUGGCCCGCGCACCCAGCCAGGAGCAGCUUCUGGCUGCGGCCAUGGCGGCCGCCCGGGGAGAGGAUGAAGAAGAGGCAUCUGAGGCCCAGGAGACCCCAGACCAUGCCAUCUUCCGCUGGCUGGCCAUCUCCUUCGCCUCUACCCACCUCACCAUGACUGAGCCCUACAGGGGAGGGUGCCAAGCACAGGACUACACUGGCGGCAUGGGCAUCGUCAAUGGGGCCAAGUGGAAACCCCGCUCUGGGACUAUCAACGACUUCAGCUACCUGCACACCAACUGCCUGGAGCUCUCCAUCUACCUGGGCUGUGAUAAGUUCCCGCACGAGAGCGAGCUGCCCCGAGAGUGGGAGAACAACAAAGAAGCCCUGCUCACCUUCAUGGAGCAGGUUCACCGUGGCAUCAAGGGCGUUGUGACAGACGAGCAAGGCAUCCCGAUAGCCAAUGCCACCAUCUCCGUGAGUGGCAUUAACCACGGAGUGAAGACAGCCAGUGGUGGCGAUUACUGGCGCAUCCUGAACCCUGGUGAGUACCGCGUGACGGCCCACGCGGAGGGCUACACCCCAAGCUCGAAGACCUGCAACGUGGACUAUGACAUCGGGGCCACUCAGUGCAAUUUCAUCUUGGCUCGCUCCAACUGGAAGCGCAUCCGUGAGAUCAUGGCCAUGAACGGGAACCGGCCCAUCCCACACAUCGACCCAUCGCGCCCCAUGACCCCCCAGCAGAGGCGCAUGCAACGCCGCCGCCUGCAGUAUCGGCUGCGCAUGCGCGAACAGAUGCGGCUUCGACGCCUCAACGCCACCACGAGCCCAGCCGCCACCACGAGCCCAGCCACCACCCCCACAUCACCCCCUCCCACCCCAACACUGCUCCCCACUGCCGACCUUGCCCCCUCCUCAGCCCCAAGUUCUACACUGGGGCCCUGGCAGUUUCUACCAGAGACCACAGUCAAUUGGGAGGAGUCGGAAACGGAGACCGAGACCUACACGGAGGUGGUGACGGAGUUUGGGACAGAGCUGGGGCCUGAGGAGGAGGACGGGGAGGAAGAGGAAGGAGAGAUGGUCACGGGCCCAGACUUCCCCUUCACCACAGUUGAGACCUACACAGUGAACUUUGGGGACUUCUGAGAACAGGUCUGCUAAUGCGCGAGCUUGCACCAGUAGUCACACUGCCUUGGCCAGCACCGCGGCCAUCAGCACAGGGAAGGCCCCCCGGUGUGGGUUCUGCCAGGAGGGGGCAUGAAUGUGAUGGAGACCUAAGAGCCAGGGUCACCUGCUGCUCUGCUGCAGGACUGGGAUGGGGCUGGACGAGCAAGCCCCGGGGCAGACUUCUCAACCACUUGCCCAGACCACACCAAUAAACCAAGCUCACUGGCAGAUG